UAACUGGGAUCCAGUUGCAGACAAACAUGACGGUCUACAUUCGACUCAUUUUGCUGUCAUGUUUCCUUCUUCCUCAUUUUCAUGACAUCGAAUGCAACACAGACUCAGACAGAGAUGCCCUUCUUUCUUUCAAAUCCCAACUGAGUGAUCCAAAGAAUUCCCUGUCUGGUUGGACUUCAGAUUCCAAUCCCUGCAUCUGGAGCGGUGUCACCUGCUCCCAAGUUGGAGGGAGGGUCCAAUAUCUCGGGCUAUCAGGACUUGAACUUUCUGGAAAACUACACCCUCGCCUUUCCAACCUCACUUACCUUAACUCGCUUGAUCUUUCCCACAACAAUUUUCAUGGUGAAAUUCCCCACGAGUUUGGUAAUCUCCAUCGUCUCCUAGCAUUACACUUGUCAUCCAAUAAUCUUGGAGGUAAAGUACCUUCAUCACUAGGCAACCUCAUUUCCAUUCAGAAUCUUGUCCUGGCAGGGAAUCGUUUUGUGGGUGAGAUUCCCACUGAACUCGGGAAUCUCCGCACUCUUUCCUACCUUGAACUUUCAGAGAACUACUUCUCUGGUGAGUUUCCAAUUUCUAUCUCCACUAUCUCCUCCUUAAAGUCAUUAUCUGUUUCGAAGAACAAUCUAUCAGGCAAGUUGCCGCAAAAUUUUGGCCAUGCCCUUUCAAGUUUAACCUUUCUGUCUCUGGCAUUCAAUAGUUUUGAUGGGGUAAUUCCUAAUUCCAUAUCCAAUGCCUCGAACCUUCAAUAUAUUGACCUUGCUAACAAUAAAUUUCAUGGCUCCUUACCUCUAUUCAACAACUUGCUAAACCUUACCUACUUGGCUCUUGAUAAUAACUUUCUCUCGUCCACGACCUCGUUGACUCUUCAGUUCUUUGAUUCUCUCAGGAACUCCACCUUGUUGAACAUGCUGAGGAUUAAUGAUAACCAUUUGGCUGGGGAGCUUCCAAGCUCUUUUGCGAAUCUGUCUAGCGAUCUCAAACUAUUCCAUGUUGGACAGAACUGGUUAACCGGCAACAUUCCACAUGGAAUUAAGAAAUUUCAAAAUCUCCUCUCCUUGUCCUUUGAAAAUAAUUUUUUCACUGGAGAGUUACCAUCAGAAAUGGGAGCUCUACAGAGACUGCAGAAUAUUGAUGUUCAUGCGAACAGAUUGUCCGGGGAAAUUUCUAACAUUUUUGGCAAUUUAACAAAUCUUUAUACCCUUGCAAUGGGAAAUAAUCAGUUCUCGGGCAGAAUUCCCACAAGUAUUAGACAAUGCAAGGGGUUAUUUUCUCUUGAUUUGAGAAUGAAUAGGCUCAUUGGGACCAUACCAAAGGAGAUCUUUCAGCUUUCUUCUUUAGCAUCCUUGUAUUUAGCUACAAAUUUCCUGCAUGGUUCGCUUCCUAAUGAGGUCGGCACCAUGACACAACUUGAGACAUUGGAUGUUUCUGGCAACCAGUUGUCAGGGAACAUUCCUAAGGAAAUAGAGUCCUGUUUCAGCUUGAAGACGCUUGUGAUGGCAAGAAACAAAUUCAGUGGAGCAAUCCCAACUAAUCUUGGGAAUUUAGCAUACCUUCAGACUUUGGAUUUAUCAUCAAACAAUCUCAUUGGCCUUAUUCCGGUAAGUUUAGAAAAGCUCCGUCAUAUACAGACAUUAAAUUUGUCUUUCAACCAGUUGGAAGGGGAGGUUCCAAUUAAUGUUGUUUCUAUAAACAUUAGCCAGUUUGAUUUUCGAGGGAACAAUCAACUGUGCAGCUCAAACAAGGAAAUCAUGCAGAAUUUGGGAGUACUCCUGUGUGCUGUUGGUAAAAAGAAGAAAAAGAUUCUAGUACCUAUCAUCCUUGCAGUUGUUGUUGCUACUGCUCUGUUAAUUUCAAUGCUACUUCUAUUUUGGACAAAAACGUCCCGAAGGAAGAAAAUAAAUGAGAGGAAAACCGGGAUAUCAGUGGCUCCUUUCAGAGGGUUACCUCAAAAAAUAUCUUAUGCUGAUAUUCGGAUAGCAACAAAUAAUUUUGCAGCUGAAAACUUGAUUGGAAAAGGAAGCUUUGGCUCUGUGUAUAAGGGUGUUUUCAGCUUCAGCACAGGUGAAACUGCCACCCUUGCUGUGAAAGUCCUCGAGUUGCAACAAAGCAAAGCUUCUCGGAGUUUCAAUGCUGAAUGUGAGGUUUUGAAAAAUGUUAGGCAUCGCAACCUGGUGAAGGUUAUCACUUCUUGUUGCAGCAUUGAUUAUAAAGGACAGGAAUUCAAGGCCCUCGUUCUGCAACUCAUGCCCAAUGGUAACUUGGACGUAAGCCUACACCCGGAAAACGAGUCCGGGGGAUCCUUUCUAAACUUGCUGCAAAGAUUGAACAUUGCUAUUGAUGUUGCUUGUGCUAUGGACUAUUUGCACCAUGAUUGUGAUCCACCAAUACUGCAUUGUGAUCUGAAACCCGCCAAUGUCCUUCUAGAUGAAACUAUGGCUGCACAUGUUGCUGAUUUUGGAUUGUCAAGGUUUCUCUAUCAAAAUAGGCCCGAGAGGCAGAGUACCACUCUGGGAAUGAAGGGAUCAAUCGGCUAUAUUGCCCCAGAAUAUGGUUUUGGAAGCAAGGCUUCAACUGAGGGUGAUGUGUACAGUUUUGGGAUUCUACUGCUAGAGAUGUUCACAGGUAAAAGACCAACUGAUGAAAUGUUCAAAGAAGGGUUAAGCCUCCACAAAUUUGUCUCAAGCAUGGAUGAGAAUGAAGUAGUGAAGGUUGCUGAUCGAAGGUUCAUUGAAGAUUAUGAAUAUUCAACACAAAGCUCAAACAGUGAUGAUCAUAGCAGUGGUUUAGACAGCAACACACAUUGGUUGCAUAAAGCUGAGGAGUGCAUCGCUGAUGCGUUAAGAGUUGGUCUGAGUUGCACAGUUGAUCAACCCAAAGAACGAUGGAGCAUGAGAGAGGCCUCAUCAAAAUUGCAAGCUAUUAAGCACUCUAUGCUGACUUUUUGAUGUUGGCCUCAAGGAGCAAUUGCAGAAAAACUGCAACCGGUAACUCUUUUCCAAGAAAAUAAAUAUACAAAUAUAAAUAUUUAACAAGUUAUAUUCUCC